GCCCUUCUCUGAACAGAGCACGGAUCUUUAGCUUUACAGCAGGUACGUUUUUUGCCCAUCAAAGCAUCAGGAUUAGUCAUUGAUGUGGUCGAUCUGAAAGAAGAUCUACAACACAAAUGCAUACGGAUGAUAAAAGGUACUGUGGGCCCAAUCACUUUCUAUAUAUUUACGGAAAACCCAAAGAUGCUAUUCUAUUAAAUCUUGUUGGAUGUACAGUGGAGAAUCACCGAGAGCUGUGUUGCAUUGGAUCUUGGAAAAUUCCUCUCAAACCACUGAAAGCUUCUGCAACUUCUGUUUCGUUUCUGCUCUGUUCGAUCGACAAUGGCCGGAAAACAUCUCUCCUCGGUUUCCAGAGGAAGAUCUCCUUCUCUCUCAUUCCCACCUUCUGCCAGAUUAGCUUUCUGUCUCUUCACAAUCUUUCUUCUUGGCUUCGGCUUAGUCUUCUUCUUCUUUUUCUCUUCCUCCUCUUCCUCUCACUCAGCAUUCACAUACAGAAACCCUAGGUCCUCUCGCUCUAACAAUCCCCUCUUUACGAAACCUAGUUCUGAAAAUCCAGAAUUCUCAUUCGUUGCGUCUCUGGAGAAAUUUCUGACUUCCAGAGCUCAGAUUCCAAAAUCUGAGUUGGGUUCGAAUGGUUCCGUUAUCAGUCAUGGAGAGGAUGUGAGAAAACUGGACAAUUUGGUUUGGGAGAAGGAGAUGGAUAAAAUUUAUGAGGAGCCACUCUAUCCUGCUCAGUUGCCAUCGUCGUCUUCGGUACUUAGAGUCUAUGUUUACGAAAUGCCGCCGAAAUUUACGUAUGAUCUGCUGUGGUUAUUUAGGAAUACGUACAAGGAGACAUCGAAUCUAACGUCUAAUGGCAGCCCUGUGCAUCGUUUGAUUGAACAGCAUUCAAUUGAUUAUUGGUUAUGGGCUGAUUUGAUUGCGCCAGAAUCAGAGAGGCUCUUGAAAAAUGUUAUUAGAGUUCACCAGCAAGAGGAGGCAGACUUAUUCUACAUUCCAUUCUUCACUACCAUCAGCUUCUUCUUAUUGGAGAAACAGCCAUGCAAGGCACUUUAUAGGGAGGCUUUGCAGUGGGUGACAGACCAGCCUGCAUGGAAGAGAUCUGAAGGAAGGGACCAUAUACUUCCAGUUCAUCAUCCUUGGUCAUUCAAGACAGUACGUAGGUUUAUGAAGAAAGCGAUUUGGCUUCUGCCAGAUAUGGAUUCCACGGGAAACUGGUACAAGCCUGGUCAGGUUUGGCUGGAGAAAGACGUUAUUCUACCAUAUGUCCCAAAUGUCGAAGUAUGUGAUGCAAAAUGCUUUGCAGAAAGUGAAUCAAAGAGAACCACUCUGCUCUUUUUCCGUGGGAGGCUUAAAAGAAAUGCUGGGGGAAAGAUUCGUGCAAAACUUGGGGCAGAACUUAAUGGUGUAGAGGGUGUUUCUAUAGCUGAGGGAACUGCUGGAGAGGAUGGGAAAAAAGCAGCUCAGGAUGGAAUGCGCAAAUCUAUUUUUUGCCUAAGUCCUGCUGGCGAUACUCCAUCAUCUGCUAGAAUGUUCGAUGCUAUUGUCAGUGGUUGUAUCCCUGUUGUAGUCAGCGAUGAGCUGGAACUUCCUUUUGAAGGAAUUCUAGAUUACAGGAAGAUAGCUCUAUUUGUUUCUUCAAGUGAUGCUGUUCAACCGGGCUGGCUUAUAACAUUUCUCAAAAGUAUAGGUCCUGAUCAGAUCAGAGAAAUGCGUGCAAACCUUGCCAAGUACUUGAGGCAUUUCCUUUAUUCCCGUCCAGCUCAACCUUUUGGUCCGGAGGAUUUGACUUGGAGAAUGAUUGCGAGCAAGUUGUUGAACAUAAAGCUGCACAUUCGUCGAUCACAGCGUGUUGUGAAAGAAUCUAGAAGCCUAUGCACGUGUGAUUGUAGACGUGCAAACCGCACAAGCUCAGCAUCCUGAUUGGUCAGGCAGCCUUUAUUUUGGAGGAAUUUGUAGUGAUCAAUGCCACUAAACGUUCACCGAUUGUGAAAGCCAUAUCCUUUUUCCUCUUUUUUGUACUUAUGAGCCAGUCAGGGGGGAAAAAAAGAAGAAAAAAGGUUGGAAUCUUUGUCUUUUAGAACAUAGAAGCAUUACUACAUCAUAGAUUGCCCUUUAUCAUAUUUUUCUUCUGGGGGGAAGAUGUUGGGGGAAGGGAGUGUUGUAUUGAAUUAUAGUAUGGGCUAAAUCAGUGACAAUAGUUUGACAACAAUUGUAAAGUUCAUGAAUAGGAGUUCUUCCAGUGUGGAUGUAAAUGUUCAUGAAUUUAUAUUUCAGUAAAAUACUUAUCAUUUUUUGUAAA